CACAUCAGCCUCCUUUUGUACAUCUCCACAUCUGCCUCCUGCGCCGCUUCUGUCCUCAUCGCGCACGCUCGACAAUCCCCGUCGAGCCGUUACACAUUCGCCUGUCCCUCCUUUCCCGGCACAAUGAACGACGAUCGCCCAAACGUCAUCUUCGAGGACCGUUUCGAGGUUAAGGCUGUCGACGAGGAUGGCAAAAAGUUUGACCGCGUGUCCCGCAUCAAGGCCGAGUCGCGCGACAUGGGCAUGAGCCUGCACCUGGACAUUGCCAACGAGCUGUAUCCACUGCAGACCGGGGAGGUGUUUUCAUUGCUGCUCGCGCGCAGCCUCAAGCCCGAGGACGAUGUGCCCGAGGAGGAGGACGGGGACGCGCCGCGCAAGAUCAAGCGCGAGCUGUGGCGCGCAGAUGAUCAGGGCCUCGCCAACGACUACGACUACGUGCUCUUCGGCAAGGUGUACAAGUUCGACGAUAGCGUGCGCGGCGACAACCAGACGACCGCGUAUGCGUCGUUUGGGGGGUUGCUCAUGGCGCUGCGCGGGAGCUUCCGUCACCUUGCGGGGGUGACGGUCGGCGAAAACGUGUACCUCCUCAUGCGCAAGUAAGCAUUAGCAAGGGCGCACGUCCACGCGCGCGACGGAGGAUCUGGGUUAGAGACGCAUGAUAGACAGAUGCAUGUACCAUUACAGAU